AUGGGGGCUAGGGCGAGUGUGGCAGUGGGCACAACACUAGCUGGUGGUGCUGCACCCACUGUACGAGCCUGGCGGCUGAAGCAGUGGGCGCUUUCCUUCCCCCUCAUCCCCCACCCCCACUUUCCCUUUCCCCCCGAGCCUGCUCCCCCCGCAUUAUUAAUAGCAACUGCGCGCUUCGUCUCCGCCGCCUAUCCUCCGCCACCUGCUCGCAUAGGAUCUAUUUCACUGCUUUCCCCGUCGCCUUCUUUUUGCCCGGAAGCCGCCAAAAUCCGCUUGCCAGACGGCCGUAGGACCGUAACGCAAGGGGUUUCUGUUACUCUGUUUCAAACACCCUCAAGGGGCCAGACCCGCAGCGUCCCCAUGGCGCCGUUAUUGCCCGUCGCCGUGUGCGUCAGUCACCUCCUUCUCCUGCUGCUGUCCUCCUCGCACCACGCGCACGCGGCUCCUACAAUUCACCCGUCGCAAGUCUCCGUGCUGCGCCAGCUGUCGUCCGCGUGCGGGCUGACGUACACCGCAUGGGCGGAAGGCGCGGAUUGCGCCAAUGCGCCAGGACUGACGUGCGAUGGCGCGGGGAUGGUUCAGAGCUUGUCGUUGUGGGAUGCGGGCAUGGAGUGCGUGCUUCCGAGUUACAUCAGCGACCUCAGUGCCCUCACUUCCCUCAACCUGAGCAGCAACGCCCUCAUUGGCAACUUGCCCUCUGCAAUCGGCAACCUGAGCCACCUCAAGUACCUGGAUUUAAGUGUGAACAAGAUAACUGGCAGCAUACCACUGGAGGUUGGAAACCUCUCCAGCCUUCUUUCCUUUGACAUGCGGUACAAUCAGUUAACGGGGUUCAUCCCCAGCACCUUGGCCCUCCUCUCCAACCUCACAUACCUCGACCUGGGGUCCACACGAGAGUCCCCAUCCAGCACCCUCAUGGUCAACCAGCUCACCGGUCCCAUCCCGCCCAACCUCGGCACUCUCCGCAACCUCACCUUCCUAGGGUUGAGCAGCAAUUUUCUCAACGGGUCCAUACCAGCCAGCCUCGGCAGUCUCGCCAGUCUCUCGUACCUGGACUUGAGCAGCAACCAGCUCAAUGGCACCAUCCCUGCCGCUAUUGGCCGCAUGCGUAGCCUUAAAGUAGUUGACCUCAGUGAUAAUUACCUCUAUGGCCCCAUUCCAUCCUCUAUUGGACUGCUCUUCAAUGUCUCUUUCCUCAAGCUCGCCUCGAAUGGGCUGAACGGCUCUCUGCCGGCCACGCUCUUCAACCUCACACAGCUCGUGCAUCUCGACGUGGGGUCAGUGAGGAAGCGGUUCUAUGCGGAGAGGCAGAAGAACCGCUUUCAGGGGCCUCUGCCUGCUGCCGUUGGCAACCUCACUGCACUCACUGCCUUGGGCAUGAGCAACAACCUUCUCUCGGGCGCCAUUCCAUCCUCCAUCGGCCGCCUGCUCUCCCUCGUCUACCUAGACCUACACAACAACAUGUUCAACGGGUCCAUUCCAGAUUCCAUAGGCAACUUGGCACAGCUCAAGACGCUCUAUCUGGGCGGCAAUGAGCUGUCCGGUUCACUGCCGGCAUCCAUAGGCAACCUCUCCAACCUGCAAGUGCUUGCUCUGCGCAGCAACGGUCUCGGCGGGUCACUCCCCAGCUCCAUUGGUGGCCUCGGGAGCCUGGAGGAGCUGGAGCUGCGCAACAACAGCAUACAAGGCCCCUUGCCACCCACAUUGGGCAACCUGAUCACCCUCUACUCCAUGAGCUUGGACAAGGCGGUGGGGUGUCCCAAUGUUGACAAGUGUGAUGUGAAGCAGUAUCGUGGAUCAGAGUUCUGUGAUCGAUGCAUGCAAUUCUGCACAAUUUGCCCGCAAUACAAUAGAAAGGCAUUGGAGGAAGCGAAGACGGAGUGGGGGUUGACGUACGAGGAUUGGAAGGUGGGGGGAGACUGCAACCGCGCGCCAUACGUCUCGUGCGAUGAGGACGGCUUUGUCGUUAGCAUGUCCCUGACUGUCGGUGUAACUGGCACCAUACCCACUGCGCUCUCUGCCCUCACUCGCCUUCGUUACCUGGACUUGAGCAACAACGGACUUUCUGGGUCCGUUCCCGGUGCUCUCAGCACCCUUACCAGACUCGCCUACCUGUACUUAGAGCGCAACGCUUUAUCUGGCCCCUUCCCGUCAAGCCUGUGCCGGCUCCCUAUCCUCGAAACCCUGUGGCUGCACCACAACUCGUUUGACGGCGCUCUUCCCGAAACCAUCUCCGACCUCUCACAAAUGAGAAGCCUGAACCUGGGGACGAACAAGUUCACGGGACCGCUCCCGAGCACCAUCAGCAAGAUGGAGGCACUGCAGUACCUGGUAAUACCAGAUAAUUCUCUGGACGGCACUCUCCCUUCAACCAUCGGCAGCCUGCCCUACCUCGCCAUUAUUGAUUUGAACAACAACAAGCUGACCGGGGAGCUGCCGACAUCCCUCGGCAACCUCUUGGCGUUGCAGUACCUUUACCUGCGCAACAACCUGCUCACAGGAUCCCUCCCAGAUGUCUUCCAAGGCCUCCCGCUCUAUCACCUGGACUUGAGCAGCAACCAACUCACGUCGUCGCUGCCCACAUCCCUUGGCAUGCUCCCUAACCUUGCAGUCCUCGAUCUCGGCCACAACCAAUUUUCCGGGCCCUUGCCUUCCACUAUCAGCGGCCUUGCAAGCCUGCAGGCAAUGUACUUGCCAUCAAAUCAGCUCACGGGCCCGCUUCCAAGCACCAUUGGCAAGCUCUCCUCUCUUUUCCUCAUGCAUCUUGCUCACAACCAGAUAGACGGCGCCAUCCCCAGCACCAUCAGCGCCCUCACCAACCUCUGCCAGAUUAUUCUCAAUGCCAACGCCCUCAACCAGCCUCUGCCAAACGCGUUCAAGAAGCUCACCGACCUCAACACCCUGAGGCUGGAGGAGAAUGAGUUGCCGGGGUCCAUCCCAACCAGCAUCGGCAUGUUAGCCUCGCUUACCGCCCUCAACGUCAGCUUCAACCAUCUCGAAGGAGCCAUUCCCUCUACCCUUGGCGGCCUCACUAAUCUCAAUUUUCUGGACCUGACUUCGAAUGAUCUCACAGGAACGAUCCCUGCCACUCUGGGGAACAUCACUUUCCUUGAUAUCCUCGGUUUGGACACUGGGGAGGUGACAUGUGGGGCGGCGGGUGCCAGCUGCGAGGUGUAUCAGAUCUCCUGGACUGCCUUCUGUCGCCUCUGUCCUGAAUUCUGCUCCUCCUGCACCGAACCCCCUCCUAUCAUUGACAAGCCAAACAAGCCAUGCAAGAAGAGGAGAAGGGCGUGUCCGCGCAAGGCAUGCCCCAAGGGCAAGCGCUGCAGGCCCUUUGUCCGCAGCUGCAAGGGCUUCAAGUGUGUGUGA